AUGCUGGCGUCGCAAGGAUUCAAGAAGGCCCAGGUUGAAAAGGCACUCAUGGCGCUCGCCGAGGCCGGGAAAAUUAGCUGCAAGGAGUUUGGGAAGCAGAAGCUCUUCAUUCCUUCUCAAGAGGGUCUCCCUGAGCUCGAUGCGGCGGAGAAGGACGCCAAACUCUCGAGGAUCAGCCAACUGCAGCAGAGCCGCAAGGAGUUUGAGGCCGAAAUCUCUGCUCAGCGAAAAGAGCUGGCUCAGCUGAACUCCGUCCUGACGGUGGAGGAGCUGCAGGCUCAGAUCGCCACUCGACUGCAACAGGUGCAGGAAGCCGAGACGAAACUGGCGGCGCAUCGGGGUGGUGGCAUUGUGGCCGUGUCUGCUGAAGACGUGGCAGCAGCGGAGCAGAGGUUUGCCACGGGACUGACCGCAUGGGAGAGGUAUCGCCGCAUGUUCCGCGACAUCUGGGACACGGUAUCAGAAAACCUGGAGGCGAAUCAGGCUGACGUCUUUGAGGACAUGGGAGUGGAGACAGAUGAAGCCAUCGGCGAGACCCUGGCAGCAUACCAGCACCUGCUUCCCGGCAGGAAAAAGGCCAAGGCCUGCUGA